AUGGUCUCUACUCAACCUCCCAACCUGCAGGUCGAGACCGGCGGCCCUGCCGCCCCCGAGCCAACGGCCUCUCACCCUCACACGUCACUUCUCGACCUCCCGGAUGAGCUUCUUUUGCGAAUCCUGGCCGAGCUCCCAGCCAAGGCUGGCGAAUUGAUGACAACCUCACGCGUGUGCAGACGCCUCCAUGGCAUUGCGCAGGAACAGGUGCUGUGGGCGCACCUGUUCCACGCGGCUGGCUUUCGAUUGGCGCCAGAGUAUGCCAGCCGCGCUGUCGCGACCACGACACCACCAGGCACAUGGGAGGAUGGUGAAUAUGCCCCUGCAGCGCCAGAGAGACAAUCGCUCCUCAGCCCCGCCAAGUGGCUCGCGUACGUGUACGAUUUGCUGUGGCCCGCAGACCUCCCGCAGCCAGGCACAUGUGAGGACAUGGAAGACGGCGUGCUCGUCCACUAUCCCACGUUGUUCCGCGCACGUUGCGCCAUUGCAGACGAGAUGAAAGCGCGAGGGCCGCACCACGUCUACGCCAACCCGAAUGCCGAUGUUGGGAGCGACCAAGACGACGACGCACCCCUCGCGCAGGCGGAUGACAUGCUCAUCGCACCAAACCACAUUUGGAUGCUUACCGAGCACACCGCCAAGGUUUACUCGGUGCGCGUGCACGGAUCGUGGGUCAUCUCAGCCAGCCGCGAUCGGAGUGUCAAGUUGUGGCACCUGCCAGCCAUCCCUUGUGACGGAACCAAGAUCGCGCACGGUCCGUCGCUUGCCGCAUCGGCAGAGGGACACGAGGGGAGCGUCCUCGCCCUGGAUUUCAAGGUUGCUGACGCCACCACUGGCAAGGGAUUUAUGGUUACGGGCUCGAGCGACAUGACGGCAAAAGUGUGGGAGAUUGACUGGGGGAGCGGCGAGAACGGCGAGGGGACGAGUGCUCGUGUUGUGUGUGACCUGCUGGGGGCGGCAGACCGCAUUGCAGCCGUCGCGUUCACAGACGAAUUCAUCAUCACAGGCUCACACGAUCACCAGUUGCGCAUGUACACGAACGAGAGUGUGUCCCCAUUGCGUACCGUCGAGGUUGGGCCGGUGUGCGGCAUUGCGCUCAGCUCUCGAGGACUGCCACGAGCCGCUGUCGCGACGACCGAGGGUCGUUGGGCAAUCAUCGACCUGAGCACAGGCGAACGCCUUUUGCGAGGUGGCGAGGGUGAAGACGGUUACGGGUGUAUCGUGUGGGUGGACGACUACAUCCUCACAGGUGCCGAGGCGGGCAAGACGAUCCUCUACUCGGGAUUGUACGCUCACCGGAUGCGGACGUACCGCGGCCCCAAGAAAAGACUUAUGCGCGCAGCGUACCUCGAUAUGGCAAACAAUACGAUCCUGAGUGCUGGACACGAUGGGCACAUUCACUUUACCGAUCUCGACAGCUGGGAGCAUUACCGCAGCUACGAGCUCGGCGGGGCGCCCAUCUUCGGAAUGGAUGUCGACGGUCUCAACCUCGUCUUUGGGACAGGCGACGGUGCCGUCGGGUUCGUACUGUAUGGAAACGGGCUGCCGUACGCUGGCAUGUUUGUUUGA